AGGCGAUAGUCUGAUAAAUUGGGGUAGAGAGUUCCAGAGGAUGGGGGAAGCUCUGGAAAAGUCUUGGAGACGAGCAUGAGAGGGGGAGAACAAGGGAGCUAGAGAGCAGGAGGUCGUGCGAGGAGCGGAGAGGACGGUUUGGGUGAUAUUUGGAGACAAGAUUGGUGAUGUAAUUGGGGCCGGAGUUAUAAAUGGCUUUAUACAUUAUUGUUAAUGUUUUAAAAUGUAUCCGUUGGGCAAUGGGAAGCCAGUGGAAGGAUUGUCAGAGAGGGAUGGAGGCCAGUGGAGGGAUUGGCAGAGAGGGAUGGAGGACACUGAGUGGAGGCCAGUGGAGGGAUUGGCUGAGAGAGUGGUGGGAUUGGGUGGAGGACACUGAGUGGAGGCCAGUGGUGGGAUUGGUAGAGAGGGAUGGAGGACACUGAAUGGAGGCCAGUGGAGGGAUUGGCAGAGAGGGAUGGAGGACUGAACUGAAGAGGCCAGUGUAGGGAUUGGCAGGAGGGGUGGCAGA